ACACCUCAUGGAACGAUUGUCAUGCGUCCCAGGCAUCGGGUGGAGGAGCAGCGCCCCCUCGCUAUGUUGACGGCGCCCUUGUGAAGAACGUGCACACCACCGAGCGCGUGCAUCGAGCGAUCGGGGGAGUGGACGUUCUCCAUGAGCUCACGUUGCAGCUUACGACAGCAACACUAGAUGCACGGGCUGCGCCUACGCUCGGGGCCGCAUCAGGUGAGGUCGGAAGCACAGGGGGCCGUGGGUUUGCCGGGAAAAGCACAUGCUGUGAACAUCCCGACCCUCAUGUCGGCGACUACUCCUUGAUGCGGUACGAUCGUCGUGGAAACCAAUGACAUUGACACAGUUCAUGGACGACACGUGUUACGCCAGUCUACACAAAGUAGGACGCGGCGGGUUGGACCGCUUGUUGCUGCGCCCGCUUGAGUUGCUGGCGCAAUAUGUGCGAGAGUUCGGGACCAGUCGGUCGCAGCUCGGGCUGGAGCGAGAUGCACCGGAGGGCGAGGUCGUACACCCAGUCGGGGCACCCAUGGGUGAAGUGGGGUUGGAUGCUGCCUUGCCGGACCAGCGCCAUGAUCUGAAAGUCGUUCAGGGGCUGGUUCUUCUCAUUUCGGUAGUCGGCGUACGGGAUGUCGUGGGUGUCAAGCUCACUGAUGAGCACGCCGAACGAGUAGAUGUCGGCCGCGACGGUGUAUCGUUCGCCCGCGAUGAGCUCGGGGGCAGUCCACCGUCCGACAACUUGGCGUUCAACUGUUCCGUCAAGAGAACGUUGCGGGACUUGAGGUCGCGGUGGAUGAUGUCGACCGAAUGCAAGUCGCCUCUGUCCAUAAACUCCAUCACGAGCUCAAUUUCGCGCGGCCGCAUCCAGCUGACCCCGAUGAACUUGGUAAUGUACGGGCUGUCGAGCUUGGUGAAGAGCUUGAUUUCGUCGAUAAACUUUUGCACGUCUUUGGCAGUCUUGCCCGCAUUUGAAUUCUUUUUGAUGGCGACCAGCAUGCCGCGGUAGUCGCCGACCCAAACUUCGCCGUGGGCGCCCUUGGCCAGCAGCUCGUGCGACGUCAGAUCGUUCUCGUCCAUGCGCCACAAGUCCAGAUCCCCCAUGUCGAGCUGGAACCCGACAACUUCAUCGAUUUCGUCCGCACGGUUGGGUUGGAACAGACCGGACCGUCGCCCCAUGCGGUUGUAGGAGCUCCCGAAUGGAGUGCGACUCGACAGGGUGUGCGCGCCACCGCCGCCACUCCGUCGGCUCGGGAAACGGUCCACAUCGGACUUGCGAUCGCCAAACACAAGCUCCACCGCGAGUCGACUGCGUAACUUGGACGCUUGGUGCCGGUAAAUGAAGAAGACCACAAGGCACCCGAGGACGAAAGAGCCGCCCCCAACGCCAACGACCACUGGGAUGUUGGACGAAUCUACCCUCCAUGAUCAGGAACUUGCUAAACAUGCACAGAGUUGUGCAAAGAAGGUUCAACCUUGG